UACUAGCAGAUGUUGCGUUACUCAUAAGUAAAAUAGAAUAUACAUUAAUUAUAUAAAUAAUUACGGCGCUGAAACCGACCUCAAUACCCAACUAUGCGAAAACUAGCAUUAAACCGUGGAACUUUAUAUUCCCACACAUAUCAUUCCAUCCCUCAAAACUCAACCAAAAUAUGGCAUUGAAUAAUUUCAUUGAUAAAAGAAAAGCCCGAAAAUCCGAAACGAUGAUCGUCGACGAAUCGGGUUUAGCUAAGUCAGCUGCAUGGGCAUGGUACGAACGCGGAUCCGGGUCGGACGGGCGACCCAUAAAGGAAGUUGAUGUUUGGAUGUCUAAACCGGAGCCUAAACCAUCAAGGUACAAGCUCGAAGCAUUGAGAAAUUUACAGAGAGAUCAACAUAUCAAUUCUUCUAAGAAUUCUCUUCUUGAUAAUUACGAGAUAGAGAGGAUUUCCAAGCAGCUAGAUCGUUAUAUAGAAGCUAGCCAUGUUAACUACAACGCCGGCGAUCAGCCCACCGCCGCCGCCGCGAAUUUCGUAAAGAGGAGGAUGUUAAAAGGGUUCUGGUCGAGACGUGUUCCGGCGUGUGGCUCAUCGAGAAGCGAUGUGGUCGAGAAUCGGAUAUUCGAGUGUCGGCAGAAGCUGCCGGAGAAGGUCCGGCUUCGCGCCAAUCCGUGCUUGAUCCAAGUGGCGGAGCUGAGGUAGGUGCUCUAAUUUCAUGUGUAUACAUAUUUAAGAAUUGUAUUUGAUUCUUUAUUUUACUACCAUGUGAUAUGUAAUGAUUAAUUUGAGAACCCCCAUUCUAGAGUAUGUUAGAUGAUAAGGUGUAAUUUUGUAAGUUUUUUUUUAUUUUCUGUCUCGUUAAUAAAACGUAGAAAAGUCUCAAGUGCA